AUGGGUGAUGUGCAGAAGGGGCUGCUCUCUGUCAUCCAGAAGCUGAAGGGAUCCCCGGAGCAGGAGCUCCGCAUCGUCCUGCUGGGGCUGGAUAACGCGGGCAAGACGACGCUGCUGAAGCGCCUGGCGUCCGAGGAGGUCAGCACCAUCACCCCCACACAGGGAUUCAACAUCAAGAGCGUCCAGUCCCACGGUUUGAAGCUGAAUGUUUGGGAUAUCGGGGGGCAGCGCUCCAUCCGCCCGUACUGGAAGAAGUACCUGGGCAGCACAGACCUGCUGAUUUAUGUCAUUGACAGUGCCGACCAGAAGCGUUUCGAGGAGACAGGGCAGGAGCUGGCAGAGCUCACGGAGGACGAGUCCCUCACGGGGGUCCCGCUGCUGGUGUUUGCCAACAAGCAGGACCUGGUGACUGCAGCACCCGCGGCUGAAAUUGCAGAAGGGCUGAGCCUGCACACCUACCGGGACCGGGAGUGGCAGAUCCAGGCCUGCUCGGCCCUGUCUGGGGAAGGGGUGCAGGAUGGGAUGAACUGGAUUUCCAGCCACAUCAUGAACAGGAAGAAGUGAGAGUUGCAAAGUGCCAGACGGGACUGAGCUGCAGGUCCCUACGCCACGGCCAACCCCCCUGGUCCCUCGGCUCCCCCCGAGCCUCGGCUGGGCCCUGAGCCUCAGACUGCCAUGUUCGGAUGAUUUUCCCACCCACUCUUCCACUAAUCAAUCAGCUUCCUCUCCCUGCCUCCUGGGCUUCCACGGGCUCCUCACACCCCCGACUCCCCUGCAGCCCCCGUGCUGUUGGAGGGAAGCACGUGUCCCACCGUGCUGAGGGCUUGCACACCUCCAGCAUGAGAACCUGCCCUGGACUUGUCCAUCCACACUGCUGUCACACCCUGCAGGGGCUGCUGUGACCCCAGGCACCCCGGGCACCCCGACACGGCGCUGGCUACACCGCCAGGCACCGAGCGCUGUGUCCCCCUGU